AUGGGAUCGACAGCGCACGUAGCCGAUGAUGCUGAGCUGGCUGAGGCCGAAGGCAGGUUGGACAUGCUCAGUGCAAGCACUGGUGGGCGUGGCGCCUCGUCGACCGGCCUGCACAGCCAUAGCGCGCCUGUGCAUUCCCUGGCGCCGCCUGCUUACAGGUCUGAGGAGCCCUCUCCUGCGGCCUCUGGAAGCCCCUACGCCAUCCGGGCGCAGUCCACAAAGUCCUUGAACGAACGUCGCCGAGGCUUUGAGGAAGGAACUAGGGUCUCCUUUGACACAGCAUCGUUGAUGUCCGAGCGCGUGGACGCUGAAAUCUCCAAGAGGUACGACAUCGACAUGCGUGAGAUUGGCAUCGGAGGAUACGGGAAGGUCUUCUUGGCAAAGGACCGCAUGUUCAAGGACCGCCAAGUGGCCAUCAAGAAGGUGAUCAAGAUCGAUGAUGAGCGGGAUUCGGCCUUCAAGAAGGAGGUUACCAUCAUGAAACGUCUCGAUCACCCAAACAUCUGCCGCCUCUUUGAGACUUAUGAGCAGGGGCGUGUGAUGUACUUUGUGAUUGAGUUCUGCGAGGGCGGAGACCUCUUCGACAGGUUUUCGAAUCAUGGGCAACUUCCAGAAACGGUUGUGGCUCCAAUCAUCAAGCAGGUCACCAGCGCGUUGAAGUACGCCCAUUCCAAGGGCAUCGCGCAUCGGGAUCUGAAGUUGGAGAACAUCUGCUUCUGUGAGAAGUCUCCGAACAGCACCCAUGUCAAGGUUAUCGACUGGGGCCUUGCCGGCAGCUUCGAGCAAGGGAGGAUGAAGUCCACUGUGGGCACCUCCACCUACUCCGCGCCGGAGGUCCUUGAUCCGGAGGACGAAGAUGAUGGCUACACCUGUGCCUGCGACCUAUGGAGCCUCGGCAUCGUAGCCUACAUCGCUUUGUCCGGGAAGCCACCCUUCUGGGGCAGUGCGAAGCAGCAGCUGGCGAGGAUGAAAGCGGAGUAUUACCCGCUGACCGGGGUGUUCUGGGACUCGGUGUCGGAUGCUGCCAAGGAUCUCAUCCGCCACUUGCUGAAAGUCGACGUGCAGGCCCGGCUCACCGCCGACCAGGUGCUCCAUCAUCCCUGGCUGGCUCAACACAAAGUGCAGCCGGACUUCCGGCUUCUGACGCAGGUGCUCACAAACGUGGAGCAGUUUAGCCGUGCGCCGGAUUUCUUUUCCUUCUGUGUCGCUUCUGUAGCGCGGCAGCUAGAUCACCGCAGCCUGAGCAGCAUUCGCGAUGCUUUCUUCAUGCUGGAUCAAAACUGUGAUGGCAUUCUGGACAUGGAGGAGCUGUGUCGAGGCUAUGCCACGGCCUUCCACCCAGACGAUCCUGGAGCUGUCUCCGAGGCAGAGGUGCAGGAGAUCUUCUCCUACUUGGACCUUGACGGAUCUGGAAGGAUCACCUUCACUGAGUUCUGCGCCGCAGGACUUGGCGAGGAUGGCUACCAAGACGAGCAUGUGCUUUGGUCGGCGUUCAAGACUUUCGACAUCCACGAUGAUGGGCAGAUCUCCAAGGAGGAGCUUCGGCAAGUGCUACAAAGGGCCGACAUCACACAGGUCUGGACGUCCAGCGUUUGUGAGGAGGUUGCCGAGGAAGUGGUACAACUUUUUGGGAGCGGCUCCGAUAGUAUCAACUUCGAUGAGUGGCUGACACUCAUGCGAGAGUCCUCGGCCAGACACAACGAGAUGUCUCCGAAGCGCUUCGGAAACAGCUUGACGUCCUUGCUGGGUACAUCCAGCUUUCAAGUCGGCCGAGAGGACUCCGCCGAGCGGACCGAAAACUCGGCCGACAAUUCGAAGAACCUGGAGGUGUCGCCUGAAGAACCUGAAGAGCCGGCUGCAGAGCUGCUAGCCGCGACAGUGCAACCAGCACGAGGUUCCAACGAAUGUUGUGCCGGAGGCCUGCAGAGGAUAUAUCGGAGCUUGAGUGGACGACUGCGCUAG